CAGAUCUGGUCAUGAAGGAGAAAGACUGGAGCGAUACCGACUUCUUAUCAUCUGCAAAGCCACCAACUUGGGGGUACCCAGUAUCCAAGACGUUGGCUGAAAAGGAAGCUUGGAAAUCUGCGGAAGAAAACAACAUUGAUCUCAUUACAGUUAUCCCUUCUCUCAGGACUGGUCCUUCUCUCACCCCAGAUUUGCCCAGCAGCAUCGGCCUUGCAACGGCUUUGAUUUCGGGCAUUGACUUCCUCAUAAAUACUUUGAAAGGUAUGCAGAUGUUGUCGGGUUCGAUCUCUAUCAUGCACGUGGAAGACGAGUGUCGAGCCGAUGUUUUUCUGGCUGAAAAAGAAUCUGCAUCGGGUCGAUACAUAUGCUGUGCUGUCAAUUCCAGCGUGCCGGAACUCGCUAAGUUCCUCAACAAAAGAUACCCCGAGUUCAAAGUCACUACCUAUUUUGGAGAUUUCCCCUCCAAAGCCAAGUUGAGCAUUUCCUCGGAGAAGAUUAUUGAUGAAGGAUUUUCGGCUUUAAGUUUGGGAUCGAGGAAAUCUACGACCAAACUGUGGAAUAUUUGAAGG